GGUGAUGCGGACAAGCUCUUAUUCCUCCACUUUCCUCCUGUGUGCUCCGUGGAUCGUUGCUGCAGCUGACCCUGGAAUUAUCUGGCAUUUGUCAAUUUGAAUAGGAUGAAAACCAGGUUUCACUUCUUAUCUGGUCCCUGUGCUUUCUUUCUGUGUCUUCUGUCAGGAGGCACAUGUUCAGAUGCAGAGCAUAAGCUCUUCUCUGGGAUAUUUUCCAACUACAACCAGUAUAUACGGCCGGUGGAAAAUGUAUCUGAUCCAGUCAUUGUGCAGUUUGAGGUGUCCAUGUCACAGCUGGUCAAAGUGGAUGAAGUCAAUCAGAUCAUGGAGACCAAUCUGUGGCUGAGACAUAUCUGGAAUGACUAUAAACUUAAAUGGAACCCAAAAGAUUUCGGAGGCGUCGAGUUUAUCCGAGUGCCGUCCAACAGGAUUUGGAAGCCAGACAUUGUGCUGUACAACAACGCAGUUGGAGAUUUCCAGGUUGAUGACAAAACAAAGGCCCUGCUUCGCUACAAUGGCGAUGUCACCUGGAUCCCUCCAGCUAUCUUCAAGAGCUCCUGCAAGAUUGAUGUCACAUAUUUCCCAUUUGAUUACCAAAACUGCACAAUGAAAUUUGGUUCAUGGACCUAUGACAAAGCCAAGAUCGACUUGGUGCUGAUUGGCUCAACUAUUAACCUCAAGGACUUCUGGGAGACAGGCGAGUGGAUGAUCAUUGAUGCACCUGGUUACAAACAUGAUAUUAAGUACAACUGCUGCGAGGAGAUCUACACUGAUAUCACAUACUCUUUGUACAUCCGUCGUCUCCCUCUUUUCUAUACAAUCAAUAUGAUCAUCCCAUGCCUCCUCAUCUCCUUCCUCACAGUGCUCGUCUUCUACUUGCCCUCUGACUGUGGUGAGAAAGUAACACUGUGCAUCUCUGUCCUGCUGUCUUUGACCGUCUUCCUCCUCGUCAUCACAGAGACCAUCCCUUCCACCUCACUAGUGAUACCCUUGAUUGGCGAGUACCUCCUCUUCACCAUGAUUUUUGUCACUCUCUCUAUUGUCAUUACUGUUUUUGUGUUGAACGUCCACUACCGCACCCCGAAGACACAUACAAUGCCCUGCUGGGUAAAGCGUGUGUUUCUUGAACUGCUGCCCAGGGUGAUGUUCAUGACCAGGCCAGAGAGAGAUCCUGAGAAGGUGACUGUGGCUGGCAGCGUUCAGACGAUGCAUUCGAAAUCCUGCGCCAUUCAUUCAUUAGGUACUCUACAAAAGCAGCACAAACCUCAGGCCCUUGCCAACAGCUUGGUGUCAAGUUUAACAAACCGGCAAAGACUUUUUAAUAACACAGAGCUUUCCAAUCUCAAUAACUUGGGUGGAGACUCGAUCAAAUGUCCUAGCUCUGGGUUCUUGUGCUGUGAGGGCCGCUGCAACUGCUGCUGGCAGAAGAGAACCGGCAAGUUGCCUGCAGAUUCUGGAGGAGGGAGUGGAGGACUGAGCAGCCUAGGACCAUUGAGUGGAGGCAGUGCUGUGGGUGUUGGAGUGGGGAGUCAAUGCUCCAGCUCAGAGUCUUUGGAUGGAGGAAUAAUGCCUCUUCUGUGUCUUUCUCCUGAGGUCAGGGAAGCUAUUGAGAGUGUCAAAUACAUAGCAGAAAAUAUGAGACUACAGAAUGAAGCAAAGGAGGUUCAAGAUGACUGGAAAUAUGUUGCCAUGGUUAUCGACAGGAUCUUCCUAUGGGUUUUUGUGCUCGUGUGCAUCCUAGGAACAGCUGGCCUUUUCCUCCAGCCUCUAUUACUUGGGGAAGAUAUUUGAUUCAGUUUGACAAAACUAAUACUAACACUGCAGACUGCUGAAUUCCGAGCAUAUGUUUCACAGAUGCUUAGAAAAAGUUUCAAAGCCAAGUCGAAAUCAUGACAAAUGUUGAUGGUAUUUCAGUAGAAGUGUUUCGUUUUGUUCAUAGAUUCAUAAAUCUUAAGGACAUGGCUGCAUUUAGGGUGAUUUUAACUGAAAAUGUUUAAGUAUCUUUAAAAAUGCUAAAAUGUUUCCCAAAGCCAAAACCAACACAGACUCAGAUACUCUGAUCAUUCAACAGGUAAGCUUCACUAGAAGUGAAGACUGGGGCACAUUAUUACAUGAAAAUGACAUAACCUUU